AUGUUGCAGCAAACGGAACUAGCACAAACCGCUAGCGCGCCAAAUAUAUUCCAGCAAAACUGUAUUGCUGAAUUUUCGCCUCAAAAAGAGCAAUGGACUUUGUGGAAUAAGAGAUUGGAAAUUUAUUUUGCCGAAAUUAAUUGUACGAAUGAGAACAUAAAAAAAGCUUCUUUAUUAAAAAAUAUCGGAUCAGCUUCAGAUGAACUAUUACAUAACUUAUGCAGUCCAGCAUCACCUAUAUCGAAAACAUAUAAAGAGUUGUGUGCAAUCUUAAAAACACAAUAUACACCACCAACUAUAAUUUUUAGAGAACGUAAAAUCUUUCAUAGUGCAGUGCAGUCAGAAAUAGAAACGGUAUCAGAGUGGUAUGCAAGAGUAAAAAAGUUAGCGUUAACAUGUAAGUUUGGAGAGAACUUAUCAGCUUUUAUUCUGGAUCGGUUCAUCAUGGGCAUAAAAAACAAAAUUUUUGAAAGACUAUGUGAGGAAGAUGAGAAUCUCACAAUUGAACAGGCACUCAGAAAAGCACUUAUUAUAGAGCUUAGGCUCAGUGAGCAAAAAAGUUAUGGAGAAAAUGUUAAUUACAUAAAUAAUAAUAAUGAUGUAAAACCUAAGUACAACAAAACAAAUGGGAGUUACAAAAAUAUCCCUAACAAGAAUAUUCCUAACAAAGUGCAAAACAAUAAAUCAACUAAAACUUUUCAACCGUGUGCACAUUGUGGUUGGCGAAACCAUGUUUCGAAUGAAUGCUAUUAUAAGUCAUGUAAAUGUCAUCAGUGUGGAAGAAUUGGACAUCUAUCUUCGAUUUGUAAAAAAAAUACUAAAGUUGUAAAUAAAGUAUCUAGUAUAAAAGUUAAAGAUCAUAUUGAUAAUAGGUUUUGUAUUUACAGCAUUAAUCAGAAAGGUGAGGAUUCAACAGAAUUGUACUCGGUGACGAUUAAUUUUAAUGGAAUUUCGAUGGAUGUUGUCUGCGACUCAGGUGCUCCAUGUAGUUUAAUACCCAAAUAUAUAUUAAACAGGUGCAACAAAACAGUAAGUCUUAAAAAUUGUAUUGAUCCGUAUGUUGAUUACAAUGGUAAUCAUAUUAAAGUACUAGGUGAAUAUUUCGAAAAUAUUGAGUAUAAUGGUAUAAAUAAGAAAAUUAAGUUAGUAGUUACUAACAAUAAUAGUUCUCCUUUGUUAGGCAGGAAUUUUUUAAGAGCCUUUGGGUUUGAACUUAUUCAAGUAAAUUCUAUUAAUUGUUCUAGUCAAUAUGCUAUUUUUAUUGAACAAAUUAAAAAUGAAUUUAUUGAGAUUUUUGAUGGUGAUAUAGGUACAUAUAAACUAGCCAGAAUUUCUUUACCAAUGGAAAAAGAUUUCAAACCAGUUUUUUUUAAACCACGACCAGUCCCAUUAGCAUGGAAAAGUAAAAUUGAAAGUAAUUUAAGAGAGUUAAUUGCUAAAGAUAUUUUAGAACCAAUAAAUAAUGCAGAAUGGGGUACACCUUUAGUUCCCAUCUUAAAACCGAAUGGUGAUAUUAGAAUAUGUGGCGAUUAUAAAGUCACGAUCAAUAAACAUCUAUCAGAUUUUAAAUACCCGUUACCCCGCAUUGAUGAAAUUUUUGCAUCACUUCAAGGGGGUGAACUGUUUUCGAAACUUGAUUUGUUAAAUGCGUACAAUCAACUUGUACUUGAUGAUAAAUCUCAGCUCUUAUGUACGUGGUCAACACAUAUUGGUACUCUAAAAAUGAAACAUUUACCUUUUGAAUUUGUUUGGUCUGAACAAUGUGAUAAAACGUAUGAAAUGAUAAAAAAGGAUAUAACUUCGGAUAAAGUGUUAGUACACUUUAAUCCUAAAUUGCCAAUUGUCCUUACAACAGAUGCUUCUAAUAAAGCUGUAGCUGGCAUAUUAUCGCAUAAGUUUUCUGAAGAUAAAAUAAAACCAAUUGCAUUUGUGUCUAGAGCUUUAUCUAAAGCUGAACAAAAUUAUAGCACACUAGAAAAAGAAGCAUUAGCCAUAAUAUUUUGUGGACACACUAAUGAUGCGGAUAAUUUAUCACGCAUACCUCAAGCAAUACAUCGCGAUCAGGAUGAGGGAAGCUCAUUCAUAAAUUAUAUUCAAAGUGAAAAUAUUUUAAGCAUUGACUUUAAGGAUAUAGCUCGCGAAACAAGACGCGAUCCAAUACUCUCUAAAGUAUGUGAUGCUGUAAGAAAAGGAAUAGUCAAAACUUUAAAAGAUGAAAAAUUUACGGCUUUUACAAGCAAAGAUACAGAAUUAACAGUAGACCAAGAUUGCUUACUUUGGGGGUAUCGAGUUAUAAUUCCAUUGAAGCUUAGGACAUCCAUUUUACAAUCACUACAUGAAUCUCACUUAGGCAUAGUCAAGACCAAAUCACUAGCAAGAUCCUUUGUAUGGUGGCCAAAACUUGAUAGGGACAUAGAAAAUUUAAUUAAAUCAUGUCUUCCUUGCCAAAAACUAUUGCCAAGUCCGGAGAAAAGUAAACUGAUUCCAUGGACGGUAACGAAUACUGUCUGGCAAAGAAUUCAUAUUGACUUUGCGGGUCCAAUUAAGAACUAUCAUCUUUUUGUCAUAAUUGACUCUUUUUCAAAAUGGGUCGAAGUUUUCAAAACAAAAGAUAUCACAUCUAAUUUUGUAAUCACUAAGUUAAGAGAAACUUUUUCACGUUUUGGUAUUGCUGAAACUUUACUUAGUGAUAAUGGCAGACAAUUUGUCUCCGAAGAGUUUAAAAAUUUUGUUAAUAACAACAAAAUUAAUCACAUUUUGACUGCUCCUGGUCAUCCAUCAACUAAUGGCCAAGCAGAAAAUUUUAUUAAAAGUUUAAAAAAAUCUCUCUAUGCCACUUUAAAUGAUGAAUCCCCGGCACAAAUUUUCCUGGGAAUAUCAAUAAGAACCAGAUUUGAUCUUAUAAAACCUCCUCUUGUUAGGGAUAGAAUUAUUCAAAAACAAAGAAAGAGUGUUUCAAAUUAUAGAGGGAAGAGAAAUGAACAAUUUGAGAUAGGUCAAAAUGUAUAUGUACGUGACUAUUCGAACGUAAAUAAAAAAUCGUGGAUUCCUGCAAUAAUCAAAGACAAACUGGGCCCACGUUUAUAUUGUUGCAUUAUGUCUAACAACAGAGUCAUUAAGAGACAUCUGGAUCAAAUAAAAUCAGGGCCAGGAGAAAGUCUGGUCGCACACAACAGUUCAGUAGAUGUUCAAGAUGUUUGGAGUUAUAGUCCAUCAUGUUCAAAUAUAGACACUCUGAGUACAAACGUUGAGCCUUCACAAUAUGAUAAAGAAAUACAAGCAUUAGGUUUAAGUAACAAGGAUUAUAGUGUAGAUAUACAAAAUGUUAAAACUGAUUUAUCUGAUGAAAAUGUAAUUGAUGAAAAUGUAGUAUCUGAUGAAAAUGUAAACAAAACUAAAAAAAUAAAUAGUAGUCAAGAUAUAUGUAUGAGGGAAACUAGAUCUAAAUCUAAACAAAAGAAUAAAAAUUGA